CCGGGAGUCACUCCGAAACAAAGAAACACAUUCGACUUGUAAUCUAUUCCUCUUCUCUCAGUAGAGAUGACUGGAGCCGCUGUGUUCUUGUGUUUAUUCUUCCUCGUGUCUUUCUGUUCAGCCUGCUACAUCUCCAACUGUCCCAUCGGGGGCAAGAGGUCCGUCAUGGACUCUCCACAACGCAAGUGCAUGUUGUGUGGGCCAGGGGAGCAGGGCCGCUGUUUCGGCCCCAGUAUCUGCUGUGGGGAAGGGCUGGGCUGCUGGAUGGGCUCCCCAGAGACGGCACGCUGCAUGGAGGAGAACUACCUGCCCACCCCCUGUCAGGCAGGAGGGAGACCCUGUGGAUCUGAAGAAGGACGCUGCGCUGCACCAGGCAUCUGUUGUGACUCAGAGGGCUGCAGUGCGGACCAAUCCUGUCUGGCAGAGGAGGAAGGCGACAAUCAAAUCAGCCAAUCAGAGGGCAGCGAUGACGCCCUCCUCAGGCUCCUUCACAUGGCUGGCCACACCCCUCCUCAUCGAGUCCACCAAUGAGCUGCCAAUGAUGCCAGGUUUCCAUGGGGGUCACUUGAGAGAUUGGUUGUUAGGAUUUGUAGUUCAAGGUAACCUAGUUGUAGUUCAUUGAU